GCUAAGGCUGCCAGGCGGGCCCUGGGUAGGAGGCCACCCACCCACCCAUUCGCCCCGCCUUGGGGAAUCACGACCCGCUGCGGGCUUGCCUUCAGACCCCGGGGCCGCUACUAGGCCCUUCUCUUCCUGAGAUGUCCCGGACUUCUGAUCCCUGACCUCCGCCCGCCGUCCUCCCGGCAGCCCCUCUCUCAACUAUUUAGUUUCUUUCUCUUCUCUAGAAAACCACACCCUUCACCGCCUUUGACUUAUGACCCCAAAUUCUGCGCCCUGGCCCUUUUCGUGAGAGUUCCCUGAACCCCAAGGAACCCCUUCCCCAUUAACCCAUAUCUUCCCAGCCGCAGAGACCACUCCUUCCUGCCGCUUCUUCCCCCCUUUACCCUCAUUAACCUUUCUCCUCUGCACCUGAAAUCAUCCUCCUUUCCCAACCCCUUAUCCCCUUUCCCUCCUUAAUCUUUUUUCAAGCUUCCUCUUUGCGCCUCCCCCCACUCUGCGGGGCAUGAGCCAGGAGGAGGCAGCUGCCUGCAGGGCUGUCAGCCCGGACCUGAGCAGACCCCCCAGAACUCCUGCCAUGGCGGCAGGCACAGAGAAAGAUGGAAAUGGAGAGAGCCUCAUGGCCCCGAGGAGGACUCCUUCCCUCCCAGGGAGCCCAGACCUCGCGGAGCCGGGGAAGCCUCUGUGUCCCCAUCCUGGUGGAGGUCUGGGAGCUGAGGGUCAGGACUCUUCGGGUUCCCCUGAAUAUCCUCUCAUCAUAAGAACCAAAAAACUGGUCCUUCACAUGGACAUAAACAACACCAUCCUCGUGGCUGACAGUGCCACUGGCCAGGGCCUUAUGGCUGCCCUCAACUCCUACCUGAGCACUGUGUGUUGGGGGCAGUUCAACCAGGAGGGUAAGAAGCGUCCCAGGACCUUGGCAUUGCUGCCAGCGGGUGAGUGGCAGUGGCUGAGUGAGUUCCCUUCAUUGCUGCCCCCUAGCCCUGAUGCCAGCAGCUUCUCCACAAAUUUUGGCCGGCACACCGAGUUUACAUCAAGUGCCCUGGGCCACCCCUUCCAGACACUCUUCUCCCACUACCUGCAGCUGUUGGAGUGGCCUGGCCAGCCCGAUGCAGUUUUCUCUGUCCUGGGGGAGGAUGGCCGCCAUUACCACCGUGUACUGCCAGCCUUUUUCAAACUACUGGCUGGUCUUUGUCAGCAGGGCCGACGCUUUGCUGUCAUUUUCCGAACUUUUGGCAAAGACUUGACCUCACUACUUCAGACCACACACAAAGCUCUUCAAGGCCAGCACCCGCAAUUCUCAGCCCUUAAAGAGGUGGUGCUCCCUGUGGACCUGAGACCUGGAAAAAUCCGCUGCAGUCCAAAAAAGGUGAUGGUCAGUCGAGGAAAAGAAUCUGUGUCCAGUUGGCCAGAUGCAAGAGUCGUAUAUGACUACUUCAGUGCCAUGGAAGGCCUGGGGGGCUUUCAGGACCACUUUGAUUGGUGGGCCAAGAACAAUUUCUCCAGUCAGGGUGGCAAGCCACUGUGGGUAGAUCCCCAUGACCCUGAUGUCCAGCACAUCUGCUUUGAUGAUAAUGUUCGACUGCAGGAUGAAGAGAGCAUCUUCCACCCCCAGGUAUUUAUGGGCCAGGGAAGACAAGAAUGCUGCACAGUCCCUACCUCUGAACUCUACAGCAUCUGCCUGGUGCAAAAUGAUCUCCUCCAAGCUAUUGCCAACCCUGACUAUUUCUUGAUGACUGUGAGCCAGUGUGAGGACCGGUAUGACCAAUAUUUGGCAAAGGCCCAGACAGAUCAUAGCUGUUGAGAAGUCAACUGAGGAAUGGACUUCCAGACCACUCCAACAAGUAGCCCUCCUGGACUUCAUGGCAAGUUGCCUGCUCUAUUUUAAUCAGGAUGGGGAGAGGGGCAGAGGGUAGGAAGGGUCUUUGGGUCUAGCCCUCCUCAUUUCUGUAGUCUCUCUUGGCUUGGCCAGCAUGGGAAUUAUAGAUUGGGAAUUGAUCUUCCCAGGAUCACUCCCAUGACCUUUGUAUAUGGACUUUUGGUUUGGGUAGGGGGUUCUGCCUCUGCUUUGGCUUCUGUUACACAAGUUGGUGCCCAUCUGAUUGGAAUCUACAUAUUAAAAUUCAACUCCAGUGUGGGGCCAAACA